ACAAAGCCCGUCAAAAUCCGUAUGGUACGGUGUGCACAGUUCGUGUGGUGGUGGUGCAAUAGCGAGACGCAAAAAAAGUCCGGUGUAUCCCCAUUGGGGCUAUCACGUCUUUCACACCACGCUUAGUCAGUAAGGAAACAUUCAUUUCCCAUCCGAAGGAAUAUCGUUUCUAUUUUUUGCCAACAAUUACAGUAUUUGUUGGGAUUUAUAGACGAGAUUGAUAAAGUUACUUAUUAGACUUCGACUCGUGGAAGUUCGCUCACGUACUCCGCAAGCAAAUAACACACAAAAAUGUCAGCUAAACCCGCAUUCAAAAGGCUUCAAAGUCUGGAAGAUAAAGAAUUCAAGAGAACCCAGCGAAGUGCUUCCGAAUCCACAGAAGUGAAUGCACCGGCUGAGAAGCUUUGGGGAAGUACUCGUCGAAAACUUAUCCUCGUGUCGUUGUGUUUUGUUUAUUUUUCGAGCUGCGCCAGCUUUUCCAUACUAUCGCCAUUUUUCCCAAAUGAGGCUGCAAUUAAAGGAGCCGAUAGUGCAAGCAUUGGCAUCAUAUUUGGAGUUUACUCAUUGGUAACCUUCCUUAUGUCGCCGUUAAUGGGCAUUUGGUUGCCUAAAGUUGGACCCAGAUUCAUGAUCACAUCUGGGUUGUUUUUAAUGGGUGGAGCAGAGACAUUAUUUGGGUUUGUAGCUGAUAUGCCGAAUGGUUCUGUGUUUAUUGUAUUCUGCAUCUUGCUGCGCAUCGUGUCUGCGUUGGGUGGCUCCAUGGCUGAUGUGGCUAUUUUUGCCAUCGUGGCUGGAGAGUUCCCAAACAGUAUUGGCGCUGUCACAGGUUCCAUGGAGGUGUUUUCUGGGCUUGGCUUCAUGGCAGGUCCUCCUCUGGGCGGCGUUUUAUUUACGGCUGGUGGAUUCCGGUUGCCGUUCAUAGUUAUGGGUGCAAGCAUUCUACUUUCCCUACCCCUAGUGAUGUUUGUUCUUCCUAUGCCAAGGGAAACUACAAGUAGAGAAUCAAAAGGAUCCCUUCUGAAGGUUAUGAAAAUUCCAGGGAUUAUCAUGUUAGGUUCUUGUAUAAUCCUUAGUGGUGUAGUUCUAGGAUUUCUAGACCCUACGCUGGCUCCUCACCUUAAACCGUUUAAAUUAAAUCCAACUCAAAUUGGACUAAUGUUUCUUCUGAUGGGAGCAGUGUAUGCCAUCUCUUCACCCAUUGUAGGCUGGAUUGGAGACAAGACGAAAAAGACGAAGCUUCUUAUUGUACUGGGUGUGGCAUUUGCUGAUUUAGGAUACUUGGCUCUUGGACCAACACCCCUUGUCCCGUUCCUUCCACAGAAGUCUGUUUGGUUCGCAGCAAUCGCGCUUAUUCUGCUUGGGCUCUCCUGUAGUUUCUACCUUGUCCCAUGCCUCCCGGACAUGAUGGAAACGGCUAUCAAGUAUCACGGGUUGCCUGAUGAUAUCACUACGCAUGGAGUACUAUCUGGAAUCUUUGGAUCACUCAUAAGCGUCGGGGCGUUUCUUGGCCCCACUAUAGGAGGAGCGAUGAACCGCUGGCUGGGGUUUCCAUGGUCUGCCACGAUUCUCGCUGCGAUUUUAACAUUCCAGGGUCUUCUUCUGGCUGUCUUUAGUAUCUUUGAAGCUGCACACCGAAGAAAACGCUUCGCCUCAUAUCACCAAGUUGCGUCCGGUACAGAAAAUGGUUUUCCACCUUCCGCUCCCACAACAAGCAACUAUGGCACCAUGAACACACCAAACAACGUCAAGUCGGACUACAGCAUAAACGCCGCACCGCACGUUGUGUGAACUGCACUACGUCAUUGUUGCCAUGGUAUAACAUCUUCGCUGAUGGCUUCGUCCAUAUGUCCUCACAAGCGAACUGCAUCUUUGGUGAUUAAGCACCACUGCUUCAUAUGUCGUUGGUGAAAAAAAAAAAAGCUUCGUAUUUGUAUGUCCUCACAAGCCCAUUGUUAAUAAAAGCAGACCAUUUGCCAUUAGAGUAGAGUUAAAGCUAGCUUUUAGCAUCUGCAACUCUACUGUUGUUUGUGGCUGACUACUAUUCAAUAUAGUGUAGGAACCAUUUGAAGUCCCCGUGGCCCAGGGGAAACUUCUUGGGGAAACUAUUGGCACUGUAGCUAAACGUUUUGUUUCGCCGAAAUUUCAAUGAGAAUAAAAGGAUUAUUUAAUUUCUAUGUAAACGGGGUAUCUCGCCGAAAGUUCAAUAAACAAAGGAUAAUUCCUAGCUUAACAGAUUGUCUCGCUAAAAGGAUUAUGCCUAGCUAAACGGGCUGUCUGGCCGAAAGUUCAAUGAGAAAAAAAAGAGAUUAUUCCUUCAUAACUAAACGGACUUUCUCAACAAAAGUUGAAUCUACAGUAAAAACUGUUACAAAUAAGGUCCUCAGUACCUAGAAAAUUGCCUGUUAAGUUAUAUAGUGAUGCUCACUAAUUUACAGAGUUUGAGUUGGACAAAUGAAGAUUGUCAGUGCUCAAACUGACUGCAGAUUCCGUAAUAACCCAUUUGCCAUAGGGAUAUCAAAUAAACUAUAUCAAAGUGAAAUUACUUUUGUGCUUUUAACAUCCGAUACAGUUUUCAGAGAUAUCGAAUUUGUAUUUUAUAUCUCACCCAUGGUGCACCGCGUGCUUAGACACAUGGAUACUUCUGUGUAACCUUAUUUGGAAACAUGCUCCUUAUUUGGAAUAGGUGUGUAACGAUGGAAACAUGCUCGAAGGGGACCUAUUCCUCCUUGCUGUCCAUGGACGUUGAAAGCGUCCUCAAAAGCAUGUGUUAAGCUUAUAUUACUAGUGUUAUAACUUUAAAGAGCCAUACUCAGACACACCUUUAUUAUUGUUUUUGAUCAGAGGUACUGUUUUUAUUAAGAGUCGAGUUUUACGACAGGUUUCAGAUAUUUAUUUGUCUUUUCGUCUAAAGCUUUAUAGCUGUAAGGCAACAAAAAAUAUUUCGUUUCUGGUCGCGAUUUCUUCGGGAGCAUGCGGACGGGCGUUUUAUUUUAUUUGUUUUUCAAAUCCAAAGGUUUUGCUUUGAAGCUAUAUGAUAGAUAUGAUAGUACUCGCUUAGAUCAACCUGAAUAUCCUCUGAGCAAAAUCCUGCCUAAGAAAAAAGACCAAAAAUACAACCUCAGAAAAAGAAAUGUGAUUUAUCCAAGGGUUAACUCAGAGCGAUUCAAAAAUACUUUUGUCAAUAGGCUUGUCUUUAAAUAUAGUGACAUAUAAUUGAUGUAGCGCAUUUACUUAUAAUCGGUUUCCCCUACAUUUUGUAAACUUAGACAUGUUGAUUUAUCUAAGGCAAUAAAGAUUAUUAUUAUUAUUAUUAUUAAAGACAUUACCAGUCUUGCUUUGUUUGUGGAAAUAACGUGUAAUAUGUCGCGACCCUUUUCUUGUGGUACUUCAAUCGGCACUAUCACUACAUUAUUUAGUUCAGUGAAAUCGUUUCCCGAGAACAUUUUUAGAUGGAUGUCUAUCUUUGGCCAUUUCCCUAUUAUCGAAGAGCGCAAAACUAGCAAGAUUCUGAUGUUUUCACUGAGAAAGAAUUAAAAUUAAAAAUUUGUAAAAAGUUGCAUGGUGGGCGACCAGAAACGACAAUAUUUUUUUUAUGUCGCCUAUAUGAUAUAUUAGAUAACUAAUUGAUUUUCGCCUAUUAUAUAGAAGAGUUAAUUGAAAAUAAAUUAUUAAAUGUCGAAA